UGUGUGGAGACCAGUCACCGAGGAACUUGGAAGCUCACUCUCUAAAUCUCACGGCAAAUCCCUUUAGCUGCGAGUUGACAUGGCUUGACGGAUCUCCGAAGGGAAGUUUCAGGAAAUGCAACAGGUGGAGGAGCUGGAAGGAAUGAACUUUGGGCUGCCCCCUCGCUAGCGUCCCCGGCUAGCCGCUGUGUGUAACUUAACUACUUGAAGGUGGCUGUGAGGAAGUCGGACGGGGACACUACUGCGUACUCUUUCACACGGUCAGGUGGCACCAUGGACGACAACAGCCUCAGUGGCUCCAAUGUGAAGGUCGCUGUUCGUGUGCGGCCAAUGAACAGGAGAGAAAAAGACCUAAAAACAAAAUGUGUGGUGGAGAUGAAGGGAAACCAGACAGUUCUGCAUCCAGCCAUCACCAGUCUGAACACAGGAGAUCCCCGGAACCAGCCAAAGGUGUUUGCCUAUGACCACUGUUUCUGGUCUAUGGAUGAAUCUCAAAAAGACAAGUUUGCAGGUCAGGAUGUAGUGUUCCAGUGCCUUGGGGAGAGUCUGUUGGACAAUGCCUUCAUGGGCUACAACGCCUGCAUCUUUGCUUACGGACAGACAGGUUCUGGGAAGUCGUACACCAUGAUGGGCUCAGCGGAGCAGCCUGGUCUGAUCCCUCGGCUCUGCAGCUCCUUGUUCAGCAGGACUGUGAAUGAGGCCCGAGAGGGAGAGAGCUUCACCGUGGAGGUCUCUUACAUGGAGAUUUACAACGAGAAGGUCCGAGACCUGCUCGACCCCAAAGGAAAUCGACAGGCGCUGAGAGUGAGGGAGCACAAAGUGUUUGGGCCUUACGUGGACGGCCUCUCUCGCCUGGCUGUGGCCAGCUGUAAGGACAUAGAGUCUCUGAUGUCAGAGGGAAAUAAAUCUCGAACAGUGGCAGCCACAAACAUGAACGAAGAGAGCAGCAGAUCCCACGCUGUGUUCAACAUCAUCCUCACACACACACUCAAGGACCUGCAGUCAGAGACGAGUGGAGAGAAGGUGAGUAAGCUGAGUCUGGUGGAUCUUGCUGGAAGUGAGCGGGCAGCCAAAACCGGCGCAGCAGGAGAGAGGCUGAAAGAAGGCAGCAACAUAAACAAGUCUCUCAGCACUCUGGGCUUAGUUAUCUCAGCCUUGGCUGACCAAGGAGUCGGGAAGAACAAGAGCAAGUUUGUCCCAUACAGAGACUCUGUGCUCACAUGGCUGCUUAAGGACAGCCUUGGAGGGAACAGCCGCACCGCCAUGGUGGCCACCAUAAGCCCGUCAGCAGACAACUAUGAUGAGACGCUGUCCACCCUGCGUUACGCCGACAGGGCCAAGAGCAUCGUCAACCACGCCGUGGUGAACGAAGACCCCAACGCCAGGAUCAUCCGCGAGCUCCGGGAGGAAGUGGAGAAACUGAGGGAGCAGCUCAACAAGGCUGAGUCUAUGAAGGCUCCCGAGCUGAAGGACCGAUUAGAGGAGUCUGAGAAACUGAUCCAAGAAAUGACAGUCUCCUGGGAGGAGAAACUCAGGAAGACUGAGGCUAUAGCACAGGAGCGUCAGAAGCAGCUGGAGAGUCUGGGUAUUUCUCUGCAGUCCUCUGGCAUCAGGGUGGUGGAUGACAAGUGCUUUCUGGUCAACCUCAAUGCUGAUCCGGCCCUCAACGAGCUGCUGGUUUACUACCUGAAGGAGCACACACGUGUGGGCUCAGCCAACUCACAGGACAUCCAGCUGUGUGGGAUGGCCAUCCAGGCCGAGCACUGCGUCAUCGACGUCAAGGAGAACAACGGCGUGGUGCUGACGCCUCACCGCAACGCACGAACAUGUGUAAAUGGUGCCGUAGUCACGAGUCCAGUGCAGCUUCAUCAUGGAGACAGAAUCCUGUGGGGAAACAAUCACUUCUUCAGGAUCAACCUCCCCAGGCAUAUGGUCCACGCAGGCGGCGAGGACGAGGAGGGUGGAGCCGCAAUGAAGACGUGCCUGAGCACCGACCGUCUGGAGGUGGAUCUAGAUGCGUCCAGCGACGUGUCGAGCGAGUUCAGCUUCAGCUAUGAGUCUGCCCAGGCCGAGGUCAUGAUGAAAGGCAUGGGCAACAACGACCCCUUGCAGUCGGUGCUGCAGACCCUGGAGAGGCAGCACGAGGAGGAGAAGCGCUGUGCCCUAGAACGUCAGCGGCUGAUGUACGAGCAGGAGCUGCAGCAGCUGCGCCGGCGGCUCACCCCCGAGAAACCCUCCCACCUUCUGGACUCAUCAGGCCUCCCCUCCGCUGCUGUUGCUCCAACGUCACCUACCUCCAACAAACGCGUGCGCCGCUGGAGCGAGGACAGGGAGGCGAUGAUGACUCGCAGCCUGCGGCGCCUUAGGGAGCAGAUAGUUCGGGCCAAACUGUUGGCCCAGGAGGCCAGCUUCAUUGCUGAGGAACUCAACAAGAGGACAGAGUAUCAGGUCACUCUGCAGAUACCUGCCUCAAACCUGGAUGCCAACAAGAAGCGGGAUGCGGUGCUGAGCGAGCCGGCCAUCCAGGUCCGUCGUAAAGGAAAAGGGAAGCAGAUCUGGUCUCUGGAGAAGAUGGAGAACAGGCUCGUGGACAUGAGGGAGCUCUACCAAGAGUGGAAGGACUUUGAUGAAGACAACUCUGUGAUGCGGUCCUAUUUCAAACGUGCUGACCCGUUUUUUGACGAGCAGGAGAAUCACAGUCUGAUCGGUGUGGCCAACGUUUUCCUGGCCUGCAUGUUCUACGACGUUAAACUGCAAUAUGCUGUACCCAUCAUCAACCAGAAGGGAGAGGUUGCAGGUCGGCUGCACAUGGAGCUGUGGCGGGGCACAGAGAGCACUGAGCAGGAAGGUGCCGGACAGCUUGAAACUGAGCUGAUCAGCACGGAUGGAGAUGCACAGGAGCGGAAGCUGGACUGUGUGGUGAAAAUCCUCCAGGCCACUGGUCUUCCUCGCCAUCUGUCCAACUUCGUCUUCUGUCAGUAUCACUUCUGGGGUCUGAAGGAGCAGGUAUUCACCCCUCCAGAGAUGACGUCGUCCAGCUCAUCUUCUGCUUCCACAGACCCUCAGUGCACUGUGGUCUUCGACAGUGCCAAGGAGCUGUCUGUGCCAGUGUCGGAGGACUUUGUGGAAUUUCUGGCUGAGGGUGCCGUGGCUAUUGAAGUGUACGGCCACAAACAAGCCAACCAUCGCAGGAACCUGGCACUCUGGGACCUGGGAGUGAUUCAAGCCAAGACCAGAUCACUCAGAGAGAGGUGGAGCGAGGUGACCCGUCGACUGGAGCUGUGGGUGCAGUUGAUGGAGCUGAAUGAGGCGGGAGAGUUCAUAGCUGUAGAAGUUCUUCCUGCCAAAGACGUCCGCACGGGAGGGAUCUUCCAGCUCAGACAGGGUCAGUCUCAUCGAGUCCAGGUGGAGGUGCGUCCGGUCCAAGACUCGGGCACCAUGCCUCUGAUCACAGCCUCCAUCCUUUCUGUGUCUGUCGGAGACGUAAAAGUCCGACAGAUGCGCCCCUCCAAAAAUGAACCACAAUGGGGCGGGGAUGAAGAAAUGGACAGUUACCAAGAGGUGGACCUGGAGAGGAUGAGGGAGCAGUGGUUGGUCAUAUUAACUCAGAGACAGGAGUAUCUGGACCAGCAGCUGCAGAAGAUCGUCUCCAAACCAGAUAAGUCAGAAGAUGAUGUUGAAAGGGAAUCCCAGCUGCUGGAGUGUCGUCUUACCCUCACCGAAGAACGCAACGCUGUUCUGGUGCCAUCGACUGGAAGUGGCAUCCCAGGAGCACCGGUGGAGAGGGUUCCUGUCCCUGGCAUGGAAACACACAUUCCUGUCCUGUUCCUGGAUCUCAGUGCUGACGAUUUCCAAUCCAGUCUUUCAGCCCCGCUAGCUGGAGGGCUGGACGCACUGCUGAGCGGAGAAGACGACGACGACUUCGUUGAGAUUCAGAUUGUCAAAAACUACAGCCCAGAGGUGAAGGUGGAGGCAUCCUGGGACUCGACUGUCCACGAGUGCCCCCAGCUGAGCCGCGUGGGGUCCGCUGACCAGAGGGUUUACCUCACGGUCCGGACAGUGGUGCAGCUGAGCCACCCAGCACACAUGCAGCUGGUCCUUAGGAAACGCAUUUGUGUCAACGUCACCGGGAGGCAGGGAUUUGCCCAGAGCCUGCUGAAGAGAAUGUCUCAUCGCAGCACCAUCCCUGGCUGUGGAGUCACCUUUGAAAUUGUUUCUAACAUCCCUGGGGACAUCCACGGCCCGGAGGACCGGGAGAUGCUGGCCAGACUGGCCGCUAGCGCUGAGGACGACCCGUCAGCCGACAGUGAGGCAGCCAUAGAGAAAUACCUGCGCAGCAUCCUGGCUGUGGAGAACAUCCUCACUCUGGACAGACUCAGACAGGAGGUGACUGUGAGGGAACAGCUGGCAGUGAGAGGGAAAGCUGCCCGACGCUGCCUCAGCUCUCCCAGCGUCAGCCGGCUGUCAGCCAGCAGUCUGGAUCUCUACUCCUCCACUCAUAAGCUCAAUGACUUCAAGGGCUGGGAGAGCCAUCAGGACCUUUCUGUGGCCCCCCCUCCAUCCAGACGCACACUGCCCAGCUCUGUGUCCCAGAACUUGAACCCAGAGACAGUGCAUUCAGGCUUUGCUGCGUCUUAUCUCCCUCCAGUGAAGGCCGUACCCAAGCUUCUGAAGUCACUGCUUCCUGGUGGGAAGGAAGAUAGUAGAAACCAGACAGCUGUCCAUCAUCAGGUUGUGUGUCCUGAGCCAAACAGGGGUAGGAUAGAUGUGUUUGACCUGCUUUCUGAUGUUAGACCUGUUGACCACAGUUUGCCGCGUAUCGUGGUGCAGUCAGCCAGUAUUGAAGAGGACAUGAGCAGACACCAGCAGACGGUUCCCAUAGAGGAUAUCCUUCCUGCAGACACCCUAACAGAGGUCCCCAGGUCUGUGCCACUCCCACCUCCAAUCAUCCCAGAGACCGAAGACUCCACCCACAGCCCAGUGAGCGAGGUGUCCAGCGGGUACAUGUCGACCAGCAUAUCUACAGCAACGCUGUCAGAGGUCUACACGCUGAGCUGGGACCUGCCCCCGCCAGGCAACAGCAGAGCAGACAGCUUCGACGGGGCAUCAGAUGAAGAGGACACUAAAGCUACACAGAAGCUCUUACCUCUCUCUGUCACUGCAGAGUCAGACACUGGUCUUGAAUCACUUGCUGCCAACCAGUUGGAGCCUCAGGAAUCAUCGACCAGUUCAAAUGAGAAGGCAGCUGCUGAGAGGACCGACCAGCCACCGUCCAGACCAAACGAUACUAGACAAGUAGAACCAAACGCAUCUCCGCCAGCCCAACUCAACCUAAAACACGAUUUGACAACUAACCAUAUGGAGUCAGAACAAUUAGCCAAUUCAGAGACAGAUAAUGACUUGGUUGUAGAAAAAGAAAAUGAUACCAACCCAACAGAAGUACUACAAACACAGCCCCUUGAACCAAAGUGUGUUUUGAUGGGAGAUCUUGAGGUGGCUGGCACAAACAACACAGAAUGUAAUCUGGCUCUCCACAAGGAAACACAGCCACCAGAAUCAACUGUCCCACAGCUUCAGCAGCCUAAACAAGACCAGACGCCUUCUGAAAGUACCGAAGCUCCAGCUCUAAACCCGGUCCCACCUUUGUCUGAAGCCUCAGAUUCAAACAGCAGUUCCAUCCUACCUUCAGCCUCAGGUGAGGUCCAACAGGUUGCGUCUUCCGAUGCAUCUACCAAAGCUGCAACAGGUCCCACUCCUCCUCUCAACGUUGAGCUCCCCAAACCCGUCUCCUCAGCAGCCAACCCUUUCAAGAUCCAGAAGGUGAAGUCUUCAGACCUCAAGUCCUUUCAGCGUAUUCUGGGCGAAGAGGAGGCUCAGCCCCCUCAGGUGGGCCGGACCAGCAGCCUCGGGACAGGACUCAACCUUCCAGUGCCGACGGAAGGCCUGGAAAUUAUCUCUGACUCAGAGGAAGGAGAUGGAGCUGCUUCUACCGUUCUCCCUGACUGGUUGAAAGAAGGGGAGUACGUGUCUGUAGGGGCAAAUAAGAGCGGUACAGUCCGGUAUGUGGGACCCACAGAUUUUGCUAAGGGUACCUGGGUUGGAGUGGAACUGGAUGUACCAGCAGGAAAGAACGAUGGCUCAGUGGGCGGAAAACACUACUUCCACUGUAACCCUGGUUACGGCGUGCUGGUGAGACCCGACAGAGUCGCCCGUCUCGGUGCCAAACGGCGUCGCCAACAGCAGCAGCAGCAGAAGCGGCGCAGCGCCAACCUGUCUGGAUCCAGCCCAAACCUGGCAGCCCUCACCGCUCUGGCCAAAGGGGAGAGCGGCGGAGCACCGACCGGCCGCAACAGAGGAGAGAACCGCAAGUCAUGGAACACUUGAAAAGCACAUUGUCGACUAAAACGGCGAAUUCUGGGACACACCAAGCAGCUGGUUGGUGUAAUAAUAGGGUAAGAUUCCAGAUCAUCUGGGCAGAUUCACACAGAGCUUCACUGUAGAUGUUCAUUAGAUGUUCAUCAUUUACUCUCUGUUAACAGACUCCAUUCCUGCCUAAUGUGCUGGGUAAUUAAAAACUACAGAGAAGUAUUUCAUCAGAAAAAUGUGAAUGGUUUUAGGUACAUUCAUGUUAAUAACCAUUUCUCAAUAAUUCAUUUUAAAUAUAUGUAUUCUAAUGACUUUAGAAGCUCGGCCUCUAAAUCAGCAUUUUUAUCUUUUAUCGUGUUACGCAACCUGCUAGACAAACGGACAUUUCCAUAAAGAGGCUAAUGUUAAAAGUAACUGAAUUUCACUGGAUGACACCAUUAACCUCCAAAGCUGGACGUGUGGUCUCUGUAACUCUUUUAUUCGUAACGUUUGACUGGAUGCCGUCAUUUUAUUGCGGUGCCUUAAAGUACUACGUGUAUGACUACUGCUCAUGAAUAUGCCUUAAGAUACAGCCCACAGUAUACUGUUGAAGGGUCUUAUUCCGGCUCUUGAAUGUGCAUUUCUACUGUCUGACUAACUUGCACUCUUUUUUUUGAACAGUUCUACUGAAAUUAUGCACCAUUUUAAGAUCAGCUUUUUCUCUUUCUGCCAAGCGUGUGAGCACUGAUUGGACGUUUUAACUAGGGACUAAUGAAAAUGUUGUCUGUGUAGGAACCUGUUGAUUGGUGAGGAUGCUUGAGGGAUACUGUUUGUUGGAAUGCAUGUGGUUUGAUUUUCUUUUUUUGUGUUGGUCAGUAAUGUAUUUUAUACAUACGCAUUGAAGUUGAUCACUUUGACUGCUUGAAUGCUUAUUUAUUUAAAGGUUAAAAUAGGAUUUUGUUAAAGAAAAGCAAGAAUCACCUUUUUAUAUCGAUGUUGAAUAAAUUCCAUUCUGCUCUUGUC